UGUUAUUUUAUUUUAUUUUAUUGCUUUUUGGAAAAAAAAAAGGCCUUGAAACAAAAUUGAAAAUUGAAUUAAGAAAAACCCAGUUACACAUGUUCAUUUGAAAUUCAGCAUUAGCAAAAAGAUAGUUGGUUUAAGUUACCAUAGCUCAGGUUUCCAUAGUUAUUACAUAUUUUGAAGGAAAAGAAAGGAAAGUAAUUCCUUUCACUAUGAUUUGUAUUGGCAAGGGUAUUUGCACACAGAGUUCUCACUGAAGUCAAUGGAGCUCUGAAGAGAUCAGGCAAUUUCCUGACACAUAACACUGCAGUUUGAAUCUUAAUGUAUCACCUUGCUGUAGAGAAUUUUUGACUGAUUUGUGCUUUUUAAAAGAUACUGAUUAUUUCUGCGUUUUUUUAGAGUGAAUCUCGAUUUUGUCUUAUAGAUGUGAUAUAUUUAUUUUGCCAUUUUAGAGUCAUCUAAUUGAAGAUACUUGGCAUUCAAAAUACUGUUUGAAUAGAAAUGUUAAUCUGCUAGUUUAAUUUUUACAAAACAAUUUUUCCUUCUUGUUACUGUUGAAAAUGUUACUUCACGUGCCAUAAAAAACUUUUCUUGUAUAUACUCAUACUACUUUUUUGUUUCGGAUGUCUGUUUGAAUAUGCAGUGAUCUGUCCAGAAUGCUCCCAUCAUAAAAUGUUCUUAAAACUAUUAAUGAGAUAAAAUACUUGAUGAAUACUAAGUUGACAGGUGUUCCUUUAACUACCUCUGAGGCCAUGCUUUUACAGAUGUGUUGAGUAUAAGACAGUUUAUGUUGUUACUACAAGCAUCCUAGAUUUGAAUACAGAUACAUGAAGCAGGGUCCUGUGGUAGGCAUAUCAAUAGAGUUAGGCAGAGCCCCAUUGACUUCAUUGGGAUCACUGUGGAAUUUCGCCUCUGACUGGUGCUGGAUCUAUUGCCUCUUUAGAAUGGAAUCAUUCUAGCUGAUGAAGUGAACCUGACUUUACUUUAAACUUGCUGUUUUGCCAUGAACAGCAAUAUGUAGAGUGAUUGAACCGUAAACUGCAGCAGAUCAAGAAAUACCUCUUAUUAACACGUCUAACUGCAAGAGUCAGGUUUUGAUUCAAAAAAAGUACUGUUGACUCCUUUUAGUUUGUUAACAAUGGUCCCAGAGUACCAUUUUUUGGCAUGUUUGCUGCAUCAUAUCCAGAUAGUGUGAGAUGUGUGCUGCUGUAAUAUUCAUCUGGGACAUUCUUAACGAACUGGCAAGUCUCCAAAAUUUCCUAAACUAUGAAAAUACUUUUACUAAAGGCCAUAUUGGCCUACAGUGUACUGCCUAUUCUUGUAGCUUUCUUAGGCAGGUCAUACAGCGCAUACAUUUGUCUUUGUAAAGCCUAGGUUUUUAGUUCCUUUUGUGUCUUGUUUUGGGGGCUCUUUAUUUUCCUAUUUUUGACUUGUUCUUAAACCACAAAGAGAAUAUUGCUGUAUACAAAGAGAGUAUUGCUGUAUGCACUGGAAACUAUGGAGAGGCUAAGGAGACCAGAGUCUCCAAUUGAAGAAUGGCCCCUAAAUAAAUAGACUUAAGAUUGUUCAGAAUCUUAGUUUUAAAUUUCAUCAAUAAGAUCUUAACGUUGAUUCAGUACUGCCAGAGAGGGAGAUGGCUGCCUAAUGAGUGAGCAACACUUCCUGUUUUUUCUUUUGAUGAGAUCACUGCCUGACAUGAUAUGGCAACAGGCAGGUAAAGCUACAUUUUCCUGUGUCUUUUGUGGCAGACAGUGAAUGAAAGGAGAAUAAAUGAAAAUUGUGACAAAUCUUGUUCCAGCUCUUUUCAUAAGUGUCUAAACAGGCAUUUCUGAGAAAACAUUGUCACUGUUCAGAAUCAUUCUGGACUCCACAGAAAUGUAUGCAUAAUUAGGUGAACAAAUGAUUGGGUUUCGAGGUCGCUUUUUUUAACGUCAGAAUGCUGUUCCCUGUAACUUUAUAUCAAAAUCAGUAAUUUAUAAAAAGAUGUGAAUUUACACAAAUUUAACUUUCUGAUUAAUUUAUUGUGUGGAAUAAAUAUGGCUUUGGUGACCAUGGCACAAGGGUUUUUUCACUAUGUAUCAUAUGACACACUGUUAAUGGAAUCAGUGGAGUGGAUCGGGUUUUAAAAGUAGUGAUGGCUUUUUGUCCUAGCAGGAGGUAAAAUUAUACCAUUGGCCAACAUUGCCGGUAAUAAAACAUUUAAUGUGUGACGUUCAAUGUAGAGGAGAGGUAAAAUGGAAAUCUGAAAGCCUGGUUUAAAAAAUAGAAUAAAAUCUGAAAUUUGGAGUGUAUUUAAACAUAGGUAAAUCAAGAAGGAAAUCACUACAGAACGAAAUCAAUGUAAAGUAUGUGACAUUUGAUGAACAAUUUAAUAAAAAUGUAAUUGCAAAUGAAGUAAGAUUAUUAAGAUGUGAAAAUAUGACUUAUAUGUGUGUAUUGGUAGGUUUUUUUGUUAAAUGUACUUUGAAAAUGCAAAGGUUGAAAGCUAAACAAAGAUGCCACCCUAAUCUUUCUAAAUUUUAUAUCCACAUUAUCUGGUAGAUGGAUUUUGACUAUUAAUUUGGUUUUGUAUGUUUUCUCUGUGUGAUAUUUGUGCAUUAUUAGAUGACUAGACUGGCCAAGGCAGACCUGUUACACUUGCCUGAGUUAGGCAUUGUUUGCCAUGCCACUAAACCUGCCGCCAAGUGAAACCUUCAUGGGGGAAAUGAGAUCGAAGUCUGACCUGCUGAAGAUGGACGCCCUGUCUCUGUUUUUAUUUUAUUUUGCUUUCUUUCCUUUGUUUCUUUUAUUUUUUAUUUUAUUUUGUCCCUUUUUUGUUUUGUUCUGUUAAAUCUCUUUCCCUUGUACUUGUGAACUGGUACUUCAGUUCUGUAAAAUGAUGUUUGUAAAGGGUUCACAGUGUUUGAUUUUGAAGUUGACCUGAAGCUGCUUAUGAAUGGUGGAUGGUAUACAGAGAAUUUAGAAUGUAAUUGGGUUUUAAUGCUGAAUUAAGGAUAAAUUUGAUUUGGAAUUCAUUGAAGUAUCUAAAUUCAGCAGAUGAGUACAUUUUGUCAGAAGACAGGAAUAAUGAAAAAUUUCAGUUUUGAGAUACAUUCUUCCAUAUGUUGUGCUUUAUGAGUUUGUCUUGGAAAAGGACAGUUGAAAUUUAACUUCUGGAGAAAGCAACUUUAGAAAGUAAAGUCGUAAUACUUCUCUGCUACUUUCCCUCAGCAGAGUGUUUUAUUUUAUGUUGCACCAGCUGUUUUAAAAGAAGGCUUACUAUUUUUAUCUAACAUGAUGAGUUUAAAGUAAUUAUUUCUGAAAUUGAACUUUUAUGAAUAUUGAAUGUCAUGAAAUAUUUGUUUACUUCUAACGCAACCUUGCUCCAGUGAGGUCAGUGGUAGUAAGAUUUUAUCCUUCUUUUUCUUUUUUUUUUGUAACUUUCAAAAAAACUAUUUACCACUCAUAAGUACAAAUGCAGCCUGAAGUUUUGGUUGGAGUUUAUGUGAGACACAUUGUCUUCUAACACUGUUACUUGUGGGAAGAUUGAAUCAGUUCUCUUUGUGUGUGUGUGUGUGUGUGUGUGUGUUUGUUGCACUUUGACAUGCUCUAGUGGUGAUUAUUUCAGGAAGAGGUUUAAAAAACCGCUAAAGUCAGGAAAAAAAGUGUUUUUCCAGUCAUCCCAGAGUCUCAGAAGCCCUGGCAGUUCAUGCUGGAGUGAUUGAGAUGGUUCUCAUCCCUAAAGAAUGUUCUUACUUCUUGUGAAACAGAAGCCCUGAAACAGAAAUGGUGGUGGACAAAGUGGCGUGUCUAGUCCUCAGGCAUUGCUCUUCCCAGCCAGCUGCACUGGGGUCUCUUGGUUUCACCCCUUUCACCAGGCUCUGUAUUGCAGCUGGAAAGAGCUGUGAUUUGUGAUCUUUGUUGGAUUUGGCUGUAACAGUUGGAAUUGCCAGUAACUGUAAUCUCUUUAUUCCCUUCUCCUAAAUUCACUAAGAUUCAUGAGUUGGAUCUCAUACAAAUUAGUUUAUUUCUAAGUGUACAUGUUCCAUGGGUGUAAAAUAGCAGGAAAAUAAUGACCUUUUUUAAUAUUCAAAGUAAGAUUGUGAACGCUUCAGCAUUUUUAAAACAAGCAAACUCAUUGCAGAAGCACUUUUGGAUGUGAGGGUUAACUCUUUAGGUUCAGUAUAAAGAGUUGGAAAUUAAUUUCUUCUGAGCUCUUGAGGAACAAAAAUACUGUGAUUAGUACUUUGAUGCAGAUGAUUCUGUUUAGCCUUUAGGAAAAUGGGAUCUAGUAUGGACUAGGUUAUCUAGGGCUCUUUAAUGGUACAAAAAAGUAGCAGUCACAUCUAUGCCUUUAGGCAACACCGGGACUAUGUACGUUUGCUUCCAGAUCCUUUUGCAAAGGGAAGAAUCAAUAUAUAAAUGAUUAUAGAACCUAUAGUUUAGUAAGCAGAAGAGAUUCUAAGAAAUCUGUGUAAGGAUGUGGUAUAGAUAUGGCGUAUUUAUUUUGACUGCUUCCCUCAUCAGAAAAUAAAUAUCUUCCCUUCAUUCUUACUCAGAUUUUAUAUGUUCUAAAAAUGAAAGUAUUAUUCUUAAACUGUCGUUGCAUCAUAACCCGCAUGUUUUUGAUGUAUUUAGUGGGCUUGUAUUUCCUUUACAAAUACAUUUGCCGAGGUAAAACUGCAAAAUUUAAAGCUUUUAACUUAAAAGGUUAUUUGGACUCACAUAUUAGUUUUUUUCAAAACUUUUUAAAGAAUAUGAAGGUAGAUACUCAAGAUACUGCAGAUUUAAUUAUUUUUCUCCACAACAGUGUUCUGUAGAAUUUUUUAUAACUUGACCUCGUCUUAAAAACUGUAAAAGUUAUUCUGAAGAGACAGGGUCUUAAUAUGCAGGCAAAUUUUCUGGGUUCUGUCUGUAGAAAUGACCCUUUCUCAUUUUUGAAAACAAAAUAAACAAGUCUUUCAUUAUGGUAUGGAACUGACCAGUUUGAUUUUGUAUUUAAAAUAGAACUUUACAUUGUUGAAAGAUUGAAGUAUUCUGGAAAUAAUGCUGCAAACUUUACAAUUUACAUAUGCAUGCUGUUCAUUCUGUGCAUUGCUAUAGUGGUGAACUUACCUGAAAUGUUCAGUGGAUUUCUUGAACAACGUUUCAGCACUUCCAGCAACGUUUCAGUUAUUUCAGUGCUAUGAUCCGUAUACUUAAAGUUUAGGCUUCUACUGAAGUCACUUUAUGAACUUGAGUCACUGUCUGUCUUAGUUUUAUGUCCUAACUGCGCUCCUGCUUGAAAGGGCUAAACGCCUAAGCAUUUUGUAAGUUUACCUGGUUAAGUGUGUAUUGAAUUGGCUGUUUGUGAGUGCAUACUUAAAUUAGGCAUAUACUUAUGUACAAUAGUGACCAAGGAUCUCAGUUAACAUGCAGGCACACCGCUACCAGAGCCAUUUCUGCCUUUGGAUUUAAUUGUGCUUUGUCUCUUGAUCCAUAGAAUCCUGCAUGAGUAGCUGUUUGAUUGCAAGAUGCUUACUGUUCUGGAUAAGUUCUGGUUCAUUAGUCAUUUGAAAAGACUUUAAUAGACUUUCAGAAGAACUGGUACAUAAUUCUAUGCCUAAUUUGCAUGCACAUCUGCUGGAACUGUAUAUUCAAAAGCCUGUUAGUAGGCCUGCAUAUUAGGCAAAGUACCUGAUACUUUUGAGCAGUCAGGCAAAUCAGGUCCACCUCUCAUUGCAUGCCUGACUUCAAAACGAGAUCUGUUAAGAGUGCUGAACAUUGUGGUGGUGGCUUAGAUUUGUGCAUGUUUUUUAAAAAGCUGAAGUCAUUACUGCACAGUUAACUCUUAAGUGCUAAUAAUUUUCCUGUUUUUCUCCCUUAGAUAGCAAAAUCAAGUGGUUUCUUACAUGUUAAGGAGCAAGGUCAAAUUUUAACAUAAAUAAAAUAAAUGUAAAUAGGAAGCAUGAAAAAAAAGGGUACUGUUACUUUAUCUGUUCUGUUCCACCCAUGCUACAUGUAAAUUAAGUUUCAUUUAGAUUUGUUUUGUCAUUCAGUCAUAUCCCAAUGUAACCCCGACUUUCCUGCAGAUCUGUAGAGCAGUGAUGCAGCCAACACGAACGGUUGUCAUGUGUAAAACAACUUUCGAUCACCGCGAAAACACCGCCCUGGGAAAGCGUCCAUGCUUGAUAUCGUUUGGUUCAUGAACGUUAAGUUUCCAGUACAGGUAAAAUCCCAGAUGAAGCCAAAGCCCUCUCUCUAUUGGCGCCUGCUCCUACUAUGACAAGUCUGAUGCCUGGUGCAGGGUUACUUCCUAUACCUACGCCAACCCCCUUGACUACACUCGGUGUUUCACUUGGUACUUUGGGGGCUAUACCAGCAGCAGCAUUGGAUCCUAACAUUACGGCACUGGGAGAAAUACCACAACCACCAAUUAUGGGAAAUGUGGAUCCAUCCAAAAUUGAUGAAAUCAGGAGAACUGUCUAUGUGGGAAACCUGAAUUCCCAGACUACAACAGCAGAUCAGCUGCUUGAGUUCUUUAAGCAAGUUGGAGAAGUCAAAUUUGUGCGAAUGGCAGGGGAUGAGACACAACCAACACGAUUUGCUUUUGUGGAAUUUGCAGACCAAAAUUCUGUACCUCGAGCUCUUGCCUUUAAUGGAGUUAUGUUUGGAGACCGGCCACUGAAGAUAAAUCACUCCAAUAAUGCAAUAGUGAAGCCUCCUGAAAUGACACCACAAGCUGCUGCCAAGGAGCUAGAAGAAGUGAUGAAGAGAGUAAGGGAAGCCCAGUCUUUUAUAUCUGCUGCUAUUGAGCCAGAGUCUGGAAAGAGCAGUGAAAGAAAAGGCGGUCGAUCUCGUUCCCAUUCUCGUUCAGAAUCCAGGUCUAGCUCAAAAUCCCGAUCUAGGAGGAAAAGAUCACACUCAAAACACAGAAGUAGGUCUGGCAACAGAUCUCUCUCAAGACACAAGGACAGACGCAGAUCCAGAAGUCCCCUGAAAAAGCGAUCUAGAUCUACAGAAAGACGGAAAUCCAGAAGUCGCUCUCGUUCUCGGGACAAGAAAAGAGACAAAGAAAAGAUCAAGGAAAAAGAAAAGGCCAAAGAAAAAGAGAAAGACAGAGACCGAGACAAGGAGAAGGAUAGGGAUCGAGACAAAGACAGGGAAAGAGAGCGAGAUAAAGAGAGAAAUAGGGAGAAGGACAAGGAGAGAGAUAAAGAGCGAAGCAAAGAUAGAGAGAGAGCCCGAGACAAAGACAGGGAUAGGGACAAGGAUAAAGAUAGAGACAAGGAAAAGGAAAAAGAGAGAGAUAAGGAAAAAGACAAGGAAGAGGUAGAUCAGAACAAAGAAAAAGAAGAUCCUGAGAAAGAAGGAGAGAAGGACAGAGAGAAGAUUAAGGACAGGGAGGGAGAUAAGGACAAAGGAGGGGACAAAGAAAAGGACAGAGACAAAGAAAAGGAAAAAGAUGGGGAUAAGGAGAAGGAGCGAGAAAAGGAGAGAGAUGAUAAAAAGAAGAAAGAUAAGAGAUCCAGAACACCCCCAAGAAGCUAUAGCUCUUCAAGAAGAUCUCGUAGCUCCAGCAGAGAAAGGCGUAAAAGGAAGAGCAGAAGUCCGUCCAAAUCUCCUAAAACAUCAAAAACAGCAAAAAGAAAGUCUUCACGAUCUCCUUCUCCAAGAAGAAACAAGAAAGAUAAAAAAAGAGAGAGAGAUACAAAUAAUGAAAGAAGAGAAAGAGAACGCUCCACUUCCAAGAAAAAAAGUAGUAAAGAAAAAGAGGGAAAGGAGAAAUCUGAUAAAAGUACCACUACUUUAAAGGACAAAGAUAACAAAGAAGAUCAGAAUUCAGAAACUGACAAGGAAGUAGACCAUAGAGAUACACAAAGGACAGAUGAAGUCAAGCUACAACAGAACGGGAACUGUCAACCAAAUGAAGAAAACCUCUCAAUUAAAAUGGAAGAGGUUUAAAGCAAAGAAUGGACUUCUAAUUCAGCUAAGGAAUGAAAUCCAAAGCAUUUUAUUUCCCAAAAUGAGGAAGAAAAUGUCAAAGCAAUCAACCUGAACGUGUUGAUAGUACUAGUAGCUCCUACAAUUCUUGUGAUAGCUUUGUUGUCUUCUUGCUGUAAAGCAAGAGAGCACAGACCAGUAGUUAAUACUAUGAAAAGGCUGAUGCCAUCAGAACUAUUCAUCUCUGAAAAUCCAUGCAUUUCCAUGAUGGCUGUACUUGUAAAAUGAUUUGUGUUAAGUUUUGCUAUAAGCUGUUACAAAUAACUAGAAACUGAAAGAUGUAAACCUGUACUUCCCCAAAAAAGCUGAAGAUAUGCAUUGAAGGUCGUUUAUUAUACUACUUGUUGAUGACUUUUGUAUUGUUUUGCCCUGUAGGUUUAAAGAUCCACAAAAACUUUAAUGUGUGCUGUUUGAUGUGCUUGAAAAUGGUGCAUAAAUAUACACACUUUCUUUCCUUGUAAAUGACAACUGUAGCGAAAGGGGAUUUAAGCAUAAACACGGUUUUACUGUUCUUACGUUAAGUACUCACAGAUGAGUGUGUUUUUCAUUUGCUCAUUGCUUGAGAUUCUUAGGGUUUAUUAUUUAAAAUAAUUUCUGACUUAUAUUCCUGAAACUAAUAUUUCUUUUAAAGUAUUUGAAUAAUGCAUGCGCUUUUUCUGUUCCUGGAAGGAGCAUUGCCAUGUUAUAGAUGUUAGGUUAGCUUACAGAAUUAUUUUGGAGUUGUUUUGUUUUGUUGUUUUCUUUGUCCUUAGAGAAGUGAGCACAUCUAUAUGAUGAUACCAGAACUUACAGCUUUGUUUUGCAAUGUACUGCAGUGUGUCUGUUCAGCUGAAAAUAGUACAGGUGCCAUUAAUAAAAUAAUUUUUUUCGGUUUUGUUAAAAAAAUAUGGGAGCACAAGCAGAAGCUUUAGUGCCUUCUUAAAAUGCGAUAUUUUCUAGAAAUGUAUGUGUGCUGUUACACAUUUUCAGCUAAAUCUUAUAUGAUCUCUUGCUACUUUGCCACCACCAUACUGUAGACAAAAAUGCAAGUGACUUGCCAGAAUGGUUGUUUGAUUCACUUGUUAAAAUAGUGAAGCUCCAUUUUGCUUUUAUUUUUUAUUCUCAGAAGAGAUUUAUAAAUAAGAGAAGAUGUAAUUUGGGGACCACCACUGUACAAAGUAGUAGCUGAAUACAGAGUGUGCUCUGAUCACCUGCAUCAAAGAAAGCCCUUAAGACAUUUAAUAUACAUUUGGAUGGCCUUAAUUGUUACCUCUCUGUUAUUUUCUCUGAUAUCUGUUGGGCAAUAUAAUAGGAAUGGCAUGCAAAGAAAUAGGGGAUAAAUAAUUUGAGGAAGAAAGUUCUAAUUUACAUAGGGCCUACAUAGUAGAGAUUGUUUGUUUGUUUGUUUUUUCAUUUUUUGAGGAGAAAGCAUGCAAGAAGAGAACAACAGAAAUGUUUUUGUCAUGGCAAAACAUAGCUUUUAUUCUCUGAAGCAAUUUAAUUGGUUAUGUUAGAUUUCAGAUAAGUUACACCUUUAAGAUAUACCUAAAAUCGUAUAGAUUAUUUUUACUACAGCUUAAUGCAAUCAGAUUACUUUAUUGCCUUACCUCAUGGGAAGUGUUAUUUCUUUCAGUUAAAAUAAAAAACUAAAUGUAUUAGCUGUUUGCUUUCUACUUGUUUUACUUUUCCUCUGCGUUGUUAAUUUUUUCAUUGGAAGGGAAGCACAUUACUGGAAAUGAAAACUUUGCCCAGCUCCUAUCGUAAUGAAAUUCAGUUUGAUUGUGAAGCUGCUUAAUCACUCCUCAUUUUCUGUAAGAUUUAAUCUUGCCACUGUGUACAUUUAAGACAACAGAAAAUGCUUUACCAUGUAAAGUAUAGAACAACCAUUUUUGUGAUGUUUAAGCCACAUGCUGUUGGCUAGUAAACGGCUAAUUCUGCUAAAAGAAUAAAAAAAUCUAUAUGCUUACAGGAAGACUGUGAAAGAUUGUGUCUUGCAACAACAGUUAUUUAUGAUGUGUAAGUAGCAUAGAGCAAAGAGAUUGUUUGUAUACUUGUUAUCUUUGGUACCAUUUCACUAAUAAAAUAAGUAUUUUAGAGGGA